GGCAGCGGCAGCAGUAGCAGUGCGGGGCGGGAGGAGCAAGCCGGCCCUGCCCUGCCCUGCCCGGCGCAGCAUGGCCAAGCACCACCGCACACCGGCGCGCAGCCCGGAGCCCGUCAUCGAGGUCAAGAGCAAGUUUGAUGCUGAGUAUCGCCGCUUUGCCAUGAAGCGCUCCACUGCGGGUGGCUUCCAGGAUUUCUACCAGCUGAUCCAGAGAGUCCACCAAAUCCCUUGCGUGGAUGUCUUGCUUGGGUAUACGGAUAUCCAUGGAGACCUGCUGCCCAUCAACAACGAUGACAAUUACCACAAGGCACUGUCAUCUGCCAAUCCUCUGCUCCGGAUCAUCAUCCAGAAACGUGCAGAAGCCGACACCAGUGUCUUCGCCUCCAACUCGCUGCAGCGGAAAAAGAAGGGGCUUCUUCGCCCUGUGCACCAGCGGGCCAAGCCGCACUUGCUGAUUGGCAUGCCGCAGGACUUCCGUCAGAUCUCCUCCAUCAUUGAUGUGGACAUUCUGCCCGAGACCCACCGGCGGGUGCGGCUGCACAAGCAUGGCUCCAACAAGCCCCUUGGCUUCUACAUCCGGGAUGGGGUCAGCGUGCGCGUGGCACCCCACGGGGUUGAGAAGGUGCCUGGCAUCUUCAUCUCCCGCUUGGUCAAGGGGGGCCUGGCGGAAAGCACGGGGCUGCUGGCUGUGAAUGAUGAGAUCCUGGAAGUCAACGGCAUCGACGUGGCAGGCAAGUCGCUGGACCAGGUCACGGACAUGAUGGUGGCCAACAGCCACAACCUCAUCAUCACUGUCAAGCCGGCCAACCAGCGCAACAAUGUGAUCCGCAGCAGCAAGGCCUCGGGCAGCUCUGGCAUGUCCACGGACAGCACCCCCAGCCAGCAGACACCUAGCCCGGCCUCCCAGUACCUGAGCAACUGCAGCACAGCAGAGGGAGAGAGUGACGAAGAGGGUGACCUGGUGAUUGAGAGCGAUUUGCCUGCCAGCUGCCCCAAUGGCGGCCUCCUGGAGAGUUUGCAGCACAGCCUGUCCCUCUACAGCUCCCAGGGUUCACUGCCCUCCCUGAACAGUCACAGCGGCAGUGGCAGCCCAAUGCGGGGCAGCCGAGCAGGCAGCCUCCGGGAGGAUGGCACGGUUAUCACGCUAUAGCCCCAGGCAGUGCACCUCCCUUGUCUUCUGAAUUUCAGCAUUUCCACGGUCAGUUUGGCAGUACCUUCUUCCUGGCCAAUGGAGCUGGAACUGGGGGACCCGUCUAGAACCCAAGACACUGCCCAGGCGUGCCACCAUAGACUCUCUCUUGCUCAUUGCCUGCAGACCCAGUGGCACUCUUCCGCAGCUGCUGGAGCAAAGGUGGCAGCUGGGGUUUGGAGCAAUUGGGGCCAAGCCACUUUCCUCCCAGUCCUUAGCCACCCAAGAGGUUCUUUCUUGCUCCCCAUUGAACCAAAGCAAUGGGAGUUCUACCACCUUCUGCAUUCCCUCUCUUCAGCCCCUGUCUUCAUUCUGGGCAGGUAGAAGGGAAAAGGCAGGGAUGCUCUUGCCUCUCUCACAGUCUCUGGUUCUCCCCUCCACCAACUGUCAGCUCUCAUGAAGUGUUUGUUUUUAGUUAUUUGUUUUUACGAUAACAUGCAUCACAGAUUAAUAUAUUGCAACAAACUAUUAAAAGUUUUUUUUAAAGAAAUGUGUAUUCACAUGAUUUUUAGAAGUGCUGGUCAAGCACGAUGAGGACGCUCAGGUGCCUGUGCUGGGAAAUUGAGCAGGGUGGUCCCAAACAUGCAAGAUGCAUUAUUCUGCUCAAUAGGAUGCUGGGACCCAUUGGGACUGGUAGGGCAGCAAGGGAAAUGUGACUGAGGCAACUUGGCUUUUUGUUGUCUGACUUUGGUGGAUAGAUGUUUAGUUGACUGGCUAGAUCAACUGCUGGAUCAGGAUCUGAAACUGAGUUGCACCUGAAGCAUAGCUGCUAUUUUCUGUGAAGGGUUUUGGUUUUAAAUGAAGAACAUAGGAAACUACCUUAGACUUAGUCAGACCACUGGUCCAUCUAUUGUCUACAGUGACUGGCAGUGGCUCCUCCAGGAUUUCAGGCAGGGUUCUCUCUAAGCCCUACUGGGAGAUGCUGGUGAUUGAACUAGGGAGCCCCUGCAUGGAAAGCAGGUGCUCUCCCACUGAGAUAUGGCCAUUCCUUAACUGAAAUAAAAGCAGAAAGAUGGGGAGAAAUGUUUUCACCCUUCUGACUAGUUGGAAAGAUAAAAGGGAGAAGAUAGCUGAACAUGUUUCUAACACACACAGAUUCAAAAGCGGGUCUUAGGCCUGAAAGGUUGGAGAGCUUUGGACUAGUCUAUCUCUUGGCAGGGUGUAUGCCUAGCUGGCCCUUUGCUCAUUCCUAUUGUGUGCAAGAGUUCUAUACACUGGCAAACCAAAAUGGUGUUAAGUGCUUAUUUCAACCUUCAAGAUAGUGAACACAAAGAAAUCUGCAUGAUGAUGUGGCUUAUGCAAAUAUUAUAUGCUAAUUUGAAUUCUCCCAGGAUGUUUUAGAUACCUGCUGAUAGCAGUGACUGUAUAUGUCUGUCAGCGGGAGGGGAGCAUCAUCAGGAAUUAAGACA